AUGCCCGGCCCGUCGCGCUGGCGCACGCCUGUCCUCGUCACACAUAUGCUCUCCUCGCAGAAAACGUCUGACGCAGCGCUAGACGCAUGCGUCGAGCGCAUGCUCACGUUCGUCCAGCGCCAGGCGCGGCGAAACCCUGAAGUAGUGUACGGCGACGGGGAAGAACGAACGUUGGACACGUCCGAGCGGCGCAGGUUCUGCAGGAGGCUCGGCGCGGAGGGGAUGGUGGUGCUGAAGAACGAGGGAGGGGUUUUGCCCGUUAAGGGAGGGGAAAGGAGGAAGGUGAAGGUGGCGCUGAUUGGCCCGAACAUGAAGGAGAGGGUGAUCAGCGGAGGAGGAAGUGCGGCGUUGAAGCCGAGCUACGUCGUCACGCCGUACGACGGGCUGAUAGCGAACGCGCCGGAAGGUGUCGAGUUUGAGUACGAAGUCGGGACUUACGCAUUUAAGUAUCGGCCGACGCUGGAGAACUACUUGAAGACCGCGUCGGGCGAACGCGGCUGGACGUGCACAUUCUUCAAGCACGACGCUCACGGGAACCCGACUGGGGCUCCCGUCGCGGAGUUCGUGCUUAGCGACACACGGAUCCGACUAAACGACUUCCUUCCCGCGGGUCUGACACCGACAUGGUCGAUCAAACUGAAGGGACUACUCACGAUGGAACAGACGACGACGUAUGAGCUGGGUCUGACGGUUGCUGGGAGAGGGAAAUUGUAUGUAGAUGGACAGUUGACGGUAGAUAACUGGACGAAGCAGAGACCGGGGGAGUUUUUCUAUGGACAGGGAACAGUGGAGGAGAUCGGCGAGGUGGACUUCGUGGCUGGAAAGCCGGUCGAGAUCAUGGUCGAGUACACGAACACUCGCCCGCCAGAAGGUCCAGAGUCUGACAGGUCGCAGCCUGCACUGAUGCGCGGUUUGCGACUGGGAGGAUGCGAAAAGAUCGACUCGGACGAGGCGAUGACAAGAGCCGAAAAGCUGGCUGCGAAGUCAGACGUCGUUGUGCUCGUUGCCGGGUUGUCUCCGGACUGGGAAAGCGAAGGCUUCGACAGGCCGACGCUGGAUAUGCCGAAGCGGACCAAUGAGUUGAUCACGCGUGUGGGCAAGGCGAAUCCGAACACGAUCGUGUGCUUGCAGGCGGGCUCGGCGGUAUCGAUGCCCUGGGUACACGAUGUGAAUGGCAUUAUACAGGCGUGGUACUCGGGCAACGAAGUCGGCAACGCUCUCGCGGAUGUCGUCUAUGGGUAUAUCAACCCGAGCGGCCGCCUCUCACUCACGCUGCCGGUGAGCGAGCGGGACGUACCGGCGUAUCUAAACAUGCGAAGCGAGAAUGGCAAGAUACAAUAUCGCGAGGACAUAUUCGUAGGGUACAAGUACUACCAGGUAAAGGGCGUUGAACCCUUGUUCCCCUUUGGGCAUGGGCUGUCAUACACGACGUUCAGCUUCUCCAAUCUGUCCCUCUCCGGGCCAUAUACGCAUGAUGCGGCGUUCAGUCUCGGGGUCUCGGUGACGGUAACGAACGACGGCCCUAUUAUCGGGUCCGAGGUCGUGCAGAUAUACAUAUCGCUGCCGGAGAUUCAUCUCACAACUCCGAAGCUGCAGCUGCGCGGAUUCGCAAAGGCGCGCGAUGUCGCGCCUAAGAGCUCGAAGACGGUGAGCAUCUCGCUGGACAAGUACGCAGUAUCGUUCUGGGACGAUGUCGCGGGAGCGUGGAGGGCGGUGCCAGGGACGUACAGAGUUUAUGCUGGGAAGAGCAGCGCGGAGAUGGUGCUGCAGGAAACGUUUGUGUUGAACAAGGGAUUUGUUUGGAACGGACUGUAAUAUCAUGAAUGCAAUCAUAUGAGCUGUGCCUUGGCUUGGAU